CCUUUUUAGGGGGAAAAAUGAAAGCUAAAUCCUCCUUUCUCUCUUCGCCGUCGCUCUGACCACUGAAGCGGAGUGAGUUGAGAAUGAUGCCAAACAAGAAACGCAAAAGAUGUUCAGUGAUCAGGAAGCCACAGUACUUCUUCAAAGUGCUCGUUGGAGACUUCGCGCACCGGCUGGAGAUCCCCCAAAAUUUCGUGAAGAAUAUUUCGGACGAGGAGUCCAAAGUGGCCGUCCUUCACGGCCCUGGCGGAGGCAACUGGCAAGUUGAAGUAUGUUCUACAGGACAAGAAGCUACGCUAUUGCUCGGCCCCGGGUGGCACAGUUUUGUGAAGGACCACUCCCUCGAGGAGUUCCAGUUCUUGGUAUUCCGACACAAUGGCGAAAUGCAUUUCACAGUGUUGGUCUUCGGCAUGAACGGGUGCGAGAGGACGGAUCUGUUUGCAAUGAAAUCUCCAUUGGAAGUUGUAGGUAACAGUGUCAAAGUUACAACUAAGGAUGAUCAUGAAAGCACAGAUGUCGAGAUCGAGAAAUCAACUAAUGUUUCGGCCAGAAGAGUAGUGACAGAAGAAGAAAGAUCGAGAGCAGAGAAAGCUGCUAACUCUUUCACCUCUCCGCAUCCGUAUUGCGUCAAAAGAAUGAACGCAAGAAAUGUCUACGGGAAUGCUUUGUUGAAGCUCCCUGCUCGUUUUUCUCGUGUUCAUUUGCUUUGGACGCGAAUGAAGAUUGUCCUUACAGACCCAAAUGGUAAUGCAUGGGUGGUCACAUUCAUUCCGAGUUGGAAGAAUGCGGAUAUUUUUUCCGCAGGGUGGGCAGCCUUUGCCCGCGGCAACAACCUUGAAGAAGGAGAUUACUGUGUCUUCGAACUCGUCAAACAGACUGAGAUGCAGGUGCACAUCUUCAGAGCGACUCAGCGCGUGUUCCCAAUCAGUGGGAAGCGAAAGAUGGUCGAUCCUCGACCUUGAAAGGGAAGAACCUAAACUAAUAUAGGUUUGUGGUGUUUCUCGAAGGCUCUCUGUCUGUUUAAGUAAUUUUUUGUUUGAUGAUGAUGUAAAUAUCAGUUUAGGAUUAAGAAGUUUAAGGUGGGAGAUCGAAGAUCCUUUUGCCAAAGGACAGCUGAAACUCUUUUAUGUAGAUAUGACUCCUUUUGACUCUUUGUAUAGUGACAAGUCCAUUUUGUAUUAUUAGCUGAAAAUAAUAUAUUUGUUCACAUCA